AUGGAUACGAAACUGUUGCCGAUAGUUCACCUGCAAGUGCGAGCGAGGGAGCUUUUGGUUGACCAGCUGGCCUUUGAGGGUGUUUCGGAACAGGGACGGGCAGAUGCAGACGCACUGGCUAAGCAGCUGUGGUCUUUCGGCACCGCCGAUACCAUCAUGGAGAGCAUUAAAGAGAUCUUACCCGCUGCUGAGUACAAGUCCCUGCUUGCCUUCUGCCACAGCCAGUAUCCAAUACUUUACAGCACACUUCCAUCCCAUCUCACAGGACUCAGUGAGCAUUUUUCAUGGCCUCAGCACAGCUCCUUCUACAAGGAAGACAUGCUGGCCUCCGCUGCUCAGCGAGCCACUGGGAGUUAUGGAAGCACGGGCGAAUCAAAGUCGCCACUUGGCGGCCUGUCAUCAGAGGGCACUGCAGAGCUGGAGCAGUUCCUACAAGGAGCCGCUGAGGCAAAGGACAAACUCCUGGACAAGAGAAGGCUAAUCUGGAGAAAGCUGGACACGGCUGUUCAAGCCACGCCGCUUCGCUCAAUGGUCUUGCUUGGUGGAGACUUCAACGCCAGCCUGUCUCCUAAGCCUCCUUUUGUUGGAUUUGGUGUUUUGCAGGGACAAACCUCCGCUGACUUGGAACGGGAACGCAGCCUCCUCAACGAUCUAUUUGAGAGACACAAGCUUACUGUACUUAACAGCUGGAGCCGUAAACAAGCCACCUACGUCCAUCCAACUGGCAGCACGCAGAUUGACUUCUUGGUGGUUCGUCAGCAGACUGCUGACGGGCAGGCUAAGCAAUCCGGCCCCAUCUCCGUGGGAUUGGCUGAGUGGAGGCAAGCGGGCCAUCGGCUAAUUAGUGCCAGUCUACGAAUGGUGUGGAAGCCCUGGCGAGCAAGCUCCAGCCCCACGCCGACUUCACCAGCCAAAACGCCGCUGCACCCAAAGGAGAAGGACAUUGCUGAGCUCAGAUCUCUGGUUAGGCAGAGAUGUCCUGGAAGAAGUGUCAGGCAAAAGCUCCCCCCGCUUGCUGGAGUUGGGCAAGAGAUUGAGUGCCAUUGGAGAUUACGGAGGAGGCUGCAGCAGCUUAACAGGGUGCACAUCCUCAAGCAUGCUUUUCAGGCAUUUCUGCUACACGCCCAGGCUCAAAGCUCGCAUCGUGCUCUAAAGCGGGCCUGCAGACGCCGAAAGCGAGACAGGCUGCUCAGUGGUCUUCAACAGAUAGAGAGAGCUGCUGAGAGAGGAGAUUGCAAGUCUUUUCAUACUUUUGUUAAGCUCGUCUCCCCUAAGCCCUUCGUUCCGAAAAUCAAGCUACGUGACGGGAGCGGCAUGACGAUGACAAAAUUUCAAGAGGGGGAGAUCCUGACAAAGUAUGCGGCCAAGCUUUUUCAUGCAGCAAGCACAGAUGUUCCCCCGCUGCUUCCUGCUCCUCCGCAACUGUUCUCCAAGACAAGCUGGGAAUGGGCAAUCUUGCAGGUAAAGAAGGGCAAGGCGGUCCCAGCUGGAUCGGCUCAAAUUAGCACUUGGCAGCAAUCACCUGGCGAGUAUGCGACCCGCCUUGAGGCCAUCUGCUGUGAGACUGUUUGUUGUCAAGAACCGUUCGUGCCUAGUCUUUGGUCGAGGGUGCAAAUUGCCUGGUUGCCCAAACCGGGUAAGACUCCUAGUUGCCCUGAACAUCUGAGCACGAUCGGGUUAAUGGGUGUUGAAACAAAAGCGUUCAUGGUCAUACUCAAGGCCGAGGCCCAUCCAUACAUCAUGAACAUCCUCCAACACACGCCACAGUUUGCUUAUCGAUCUGGAGUCAGCACCAUAGAUGCCGUUUCACGAGUCGGAGCACACUGUAAUGCUGUGAGGAAGGAACUCGAGAGCACCUCCACUUCGCAUCUUUCCAGACUGUUAGGCAGUCACGUCCCUGAAUUAGUCGGAGGGCUGGCUCUGAGCCUGGAUUUGUCGAAGGCUUUCGACUGCCUUACCUACGCUGAGAUGUGGCAGGCGAUGGUUUUUGCUGGCAUGCCGGAGUAUCUCAUUCGGUUGCUCCUUCAUGUACACAUGCAGUCUGUGUGUGAAAUUGUGCAUGGCUCCUACAAGUCAGAGGUUCAGAUGAAGCGUGGGCUUAGACAGGGCUGUCCAGUGGCACCUAUAAUCUACUCAGCGUGGACCGCACUUCUGUGCAGCAGACUUGUUACAUCGCUGGGAGAGGGAUGGGAUGCAAGCACCAUGACCAUUUUUGCGGAUGACAAGCUGCUUUGUUGGCAAAUUAAGAGCCUUCGCGCCCUAGAAAGGGCUUUAGGACAGGUCAGUGUGGUGCUGGACAUUCUUCAGCAAGCCUGCAUGAAGGUCAACAUCACCAAGUCUGAUGUGUUGAUGCUCCUCAGAGGCACCAAGGCCGACGAGGCAAGACGCAGGUUCAUUAGCGUACGAGGUGGGGAAGAUCACCUUCGCAUUCCUCAUGCUGGAAGUAGUGUCUACUUUGCCAUCAAGUCGCAAAUCCGCUACCUGGGGGUGAUACUUUCCUAUGGUUCCUUUGAGAUGCAGUCUGCGACUUUUCGCUGUGGGCAGGCCAAGGCAGCAUUUGGACAACUCCGAGCAGUUCUUCGCACUGGUUCUUGUCUCUCUAAGGCGGACCGUUUGAGAAUUUAUAGGGCUUGCGUCUGGACAGUGUUGGAAUAUGGCCUUCUUGGUGUCGGGCUUGAUAGACGGGCACUUGACUUGGUUUGCUCCACAGUGGCCUUGCAGCUGCGUAAAGUGCUCAGACUUCACGAAAAGGGCAUUUCGAACAAGCAAGUUUUCCAGGCUGCGGACAUCGAUCCAGCACAGAUCUUCUUGCGUCGCUAUGAAGCCAAACUCAUCUUGAUGCCAGAGACCGAUGUGCCCGUUUUGCAGGAAGUACGUCAUCGCCUUGCGCAAGCUCAUGCCAAUCUCGUCUCUAUUGUUGAGGCGGGCGGCUGCUCCAUCACACCACAUGUGGCAGACAGUGCUGUUUCUUGUCCUGUUUGCGGCCUAUACUUCACGAACGAGCUUGGCCUCAAUAUGCAUAUCAAAAGCAGCCAUCCACAGGUUCAUGAUGAUUCUCGGGUCGAGUUUGUGAAGGCCAGACAUGCCGUCAACGGAAUUCCGCAAUGCUUCUUUUGCCUGAAGAUGUUCUGUGAUCAUCAUUCCCUGGAGAAACAUGUCACAAUGGGGGGAUGUUCAGUAAUCAAGACGGCACUGAGCACAGGACAGACCAUUGCCGCACUAGAGGAGGAGACACGACAACGACACAAUGUGUCCCCGCCGGAGGUCCCUGCUUCUGUUCGUGACCAACAACGGGAAGAUGUACUGCUGAAGGACAAUCACCCGAUGUUUUCUGCUCAAUUGAGUGAUCUUCCAGCUUACUCUGACAGCAUCUGUGCCAUUGGCUCCCGGUGCAUUCUUUGCGGACAAAUCCUUCUGGACAAAAACCGUAUCAAAACACACUGGAGGAAAUCGCACCCCUCUGCUUGGAGGCAGGCAUCCAGCGAGGCGCUCCGUAUUUGUGGGAGCCUCAAGUCAGUCUUUCGCUCUCCUUGUCAGUUCUGCAGCAGCACCGCCAAGAACCUGAGUCUGCAUGCAACGCAGUGUUCGACUUUAUUUCAGGUUUGCGCUGGCCAUGUACUGCAGAAGGCCGACAGUAUUGGCGUUGCGGAGGCCGACUCGAAGCAGCCACAGGCGCGCAGCAGUUCCACUACGCCGGCGUAUCUGAGCAGCAGCCUUCAAAAUACACCAUUGGCAGCAGCCUUUCGAGUGGGCGCUAUCAAGCCUGCAAGUGCAACUUUCCCCGAACACGAGGUGCCAUUACCCAGCAACACUCCCGGAAGGCUAGGGCAUGCUCCUCGUGAAGGUGGGUCUCUGUCAGAAUCACUGAGCACCAGGAGCGCUCCUCCGAAAGGCAAGCUCAAACAGGCUUCUAUACUCAAGUUUGCAGCGCAGUCGAGCACGACUGCAGGUGGGCUUCUGCAACAGCGCGCUCCGCUCCUCUCCAUUUGGACAGCUCGGCUCAGGCUUCGGAACCCACAUCAGCUGUGCUAUGCCAACUCUAGCGUCACAGUGAUGCUUCACAUUCUACACUUGGUAGGCUCUUUAGACCUCAGGCCUCUCGUCACUCUUUGCAAGCAGGCUGCGGACGGGGACAGGGCACUUGCCCUCCAUACACAGCUUGUGGUUCGAAGUGCAGUCCUCAGAUGGCUAUUCAAUGCUGAGCAGAAAGACGCUUCCGAAUUUUUGAUGCAGUACUUACAGGUCUCUGCGGCUACGUGGUCCAGGUGGGAAUCAAGAAGGCUGGAAGAAGGAGCGCUUCGGAUCACUGACUAUGGUGGAAGAAUGCUCUUUGCCCCUCUCCUGGAGGAAGAUCGCGUCUCCCUCUCCACUGUGCUACGCAGAUGGAGCCAAGGCCACUCUAUCACUGGGGUAGCGGAGGAAAAGCAGGCUUUGGUUGUCCAGCUGGGCAGGUACGUUCAGGGGCACAAGAACAACACGAGACUCGACUUCGAGCAGACGAUCGAGGUUCCGACCUUCACCAGUGAGCUUGAACAAACGCAGCGCUUGUACAUGGUGCAUUCAGCGGUAGUUCACCAAGGCCCAGGUCCCACGUCUGGACACUACCGAGCUCUCCUUCGAGUUGGGCAUGAGUGGGGGUUCUCGGAUGAUGGGGUGCCUGCACAGUCUGUUGCGCUAAAUGAGCAUCAUCAACGAAACGUCUAUUUACUGCUGCUGGUUCCCAUAGCUCAAGCAUAG